CGCGCUGCAGUGAGAGUGGUGUCUGCGUGUUGCCGUUCUGCCAGCUAACAACACAAAGACUGCAUUUUUAUAGGACUCUCUCACUCGCUGAUAACGCAAACUGCCAACUUCCACUUUGACGGAGUAACGUGAAUAACCUCUUCGUUUGAAUCUACGCAGACGUAAAACUCCACCGCAACCAUGUUUGAGGCUCGCCUGGUCCAGGGAUCCAUCCUGAAGAAGGUGCUGGAGGCUCUGAAGGAUCUGAUCACAGAGGCCUGCUGGGACGUCAGCUCGUCCGGCAUCUCCCUGCAGAGCAUGGACUCCUCUCACGUCUCCCUGGUGCAGCUCACCCUACGGCACGACGGCUUCGACUCGUACCGCUGCGACAGAAACCUCGCCAUGGGAGUCAACCUCAGCAGCAUGUCAAAAAUCCUGAAGUGUGCAGGAAACGAAGACAUCAUCACCCUCAGAGCAGAAGACAAUGCAGACACACUCGCCCUUGUGUUUGAGACGCUUAACCAGGAGAAGGUCUCAGAUUAUGAGAUGAAGUUGAUGGACCUGGAUGUGGAGCAGCUUGGUAUUCCAGAGCAGGAGUACAGCUGUGUGGUGAAGAUGCCCUCAGGGGAGUUUGCCCGUAUCUGCCGUGACCUGUCCCAGAUUGGUGACGCCGUCAUGAUCUCAUGCGCCAAGGACGGAGUCAAGUUCUCCGCCUCAGGAGAGUUGGGCACAGGAAACGUCAAGCUGUCCCAGACGAGCAAUGUUGACAAAGAGGACGAGGCUGUCACUAUUGAGAUGAAUGAACCCGUCCAACUUAUCUUUGCCCUCAACUACCUGAACUUCUUCACUAAGGCAACACCACUGUCCAAGACCGUCACCCUCAGCAUGUCCGCUGAUAUCCCCCUCGUGGUAGAGUACAAGAUUGCUGAUAUGGGACAUGUCAAAUACUACUUGGCACCCAAGAUCGAUGAAGAAGCCUCCUAAAUUGUUUAAUAACGGCCCAACGGGAGAAUAGAGGAAAGCGGGCGACUGGGACUUGAAGGGCUGAAGUGAUCACACACGGUGGUCGAUGAUCACUGUCUGAGCUCCUGUCUAAUGGGAUUCACAGCAGGAGCUGUAGUGUCGUCUUUUAAAAACAGUCAUUUGUCAGCCGCAUGAAUGAUGCCAUCUGUGUGAUGUAGUGAAGCUUUGACUCUGUGUUCAAAGCGACUGGCUACGGUCCAGACGGCUCCGGUGUAACGCUGGUUUACUCUACUUCUGUCUCUCUCUCUCUUUGCCCAUUUUGGAAAAGCAGACUUCAAUUAUCCCAUUCCUUCUUGUAGAUAAUGCAUUUGUAAAUACUUCCUGUGGUCAGCCAACUCCAAAUGUUUUUGUAUUCAUUGAUUCAGUCCAAAAAUAAGCAAAUUAAAGUUGUUUCCAAUAUGC